UCUACAUUAGAUCACAUCAGUAGUCCUGCCGCUCUGGUAUUUCCUCUGAAAGACAUGAUAGCAGAAUGCAGAAAAAGAAAAGUUCUGGUUUUAGUAGACGGGGCCCAUGCACUAGGUCAGAUAGCGGUGAAUCUUGAUGACUUGAAACCUGACUUUUACAUAGGGAACUUCUACAAAUGGUUAUACACACCUCGUGGGUGUGCAGUGCUGUGGGUGGCCGAGGAACAUCAAACAUGGUGUACCCCGCUUGUGACGUCAGUUACGUACAGAGAAGGCUUCCAGUCAGAGUUCAUGAUGCAAGGCACUCGUGACAAUAUACCGUAUUACUUAGUGCCUGACGCACUCAAGUUUUUUAAAGAUAUUGGGGGAAUGGAGAAGAUAAACAGAUAUACGGAGAAUCUCCUUGAGAAGGCGUGUUUAUUAUUGGAGGAGAGAUUAGGUACAAAAUGUGUUGAGAUCCCAGACUCAAUGAAACCUCCUAGAAUUCGACUUGUCCCACUGCCACAGUACCAAGAAUAUCAAGCUACAACUGAUGGAGCAAGACAACUAAAUCGAGAUUUAAUGGAAAAACAUAAAAUUAUCUGUUUGGUAUGCGCUGUUCAGAAUCAACUGUUUCUGAGAUUGUCGGCGAAUGUCUACAACGAACUGUCGGACUAUGAAAGGAUGGCAGAAGUCUUGUGUGCAUUAAGACGACCACAACAAAUACAAUAG